GUUUAUUUUUAUCAAUUUAAUUAUUCUUUCAAUAUGAGUGAUAUGGACUUGGACGACGUUGGUUUUGACAACCUGGACGUCGAUGACCUUAUUAAACUUGAGCAAGUAGAGCACAGUUAUUUGUCCGAUCCUCUUCAUCAGCCUUCAAGGAUGUCAAUGUCAAUACCUCCUGAAUCCAGUGAUCUAUCAGAUAAUAGAGCUAGAGUCUCAAUUAAGGAACUCUAGACACAAGACAAAUCAAAUGGAAAAGAAAGUCCAAGAACAACAAGAAGUGACAAAAAGAAAGGACCUUGAGAUACUUGAAUUAAAGCGACAAUUGUCUAUGUUGAGACCAAAAGCUGUGACAGAAAAGCGAGCAUUUCCUGCAGAGAAGCCAGCCCCAAGAAAGAUCUACAAGAGAUCAACGCAUUCACCAAAACAAUCACAAUCCUCUUCGGUCGAUCAACCAGUUGCUGUUGUACCACCAUCAGUACAAUUACCUGUGAAUGAGAAUCAAGAGAAUUAUAAGCUAUUACGUGUUUUAUAUUCAGACAUCUUUAUCGAAUGGAAUAACAAAAACCACAACGGCACAAAAGACUUUGAAAGCUGUGUUCAUCAUACUGAACUUAUUGACAUGUUUGUCUCACAAUGCAUGCCAGAAUCUCAUGAGUCAAAUGUCACUCUAGACCAGUUUGGACUCAUGGCAGAUCAAAUCAAGCAUACAAUACAAGACUCUAAACAGCCUCAUCAAACCAUUCCUAUCUUACUACAUCAACUUCAUUUUUGUCUAUCGAUUUCAAUUGAAAACCGCCUUUACAAAACCAUUCAACACUUGUCCAAUAUUAUCCAUAGACUCACAUGUGCAUUUAUAGAAGCAAAGGAGUACAUGUAUCAAGAACUUAUGUUGUACCCGCCGAGUUCUUUAGUCUACACAAUGGCCAAUGCACUAAGUCUUUUUAGAUUUACUCAAUUACCACCCGAAAUCAGCAUUCUUGACAAUCAUCCAGAUAUUCAGAAUAACAAUAAUAUCAGUUUUACACGCAUUAUGGAACUAGCUGAACUCUACAACAUGCUUCCCUCACAGAUUUGUAGUCUGAUAGAUGCAGAAAAGACGCCUGAUGAAACACUGGAUACUGUCAAGUCUAUUUUAGAGUCCUUUAUCCAUCUAGGACUAACUUAUCAAGAGCCUUUAUUUGUGUUUCUGUUGACUCAUGAAGGGUUUCUUGAGCUAAUAUCUACUGCCACACCAUGGCUUGUUCUUAUGAAAGCAUGUCAUGUCCUGAAUACAAAUUAUGUAGACAAGCAAUGGUCAGAUAUUGAAUGGAGAUCAGAUAAACCUUUAAAGGCUAUUCAAAAGCUGUUUGAUUUACUAGACAUACCUGGUGCAUCUAUUGGUAAAGAAAAGGUAUCUAUUGCUCAAGAUGGAACAUAGUCUAAUGUCCAUAGAUGUACCAAUUGCGUAUUGAUACUCUUGGUGUGAUACACAAUAUGUGCAAAGUGAAUUUACCACUAUCUA